AUGGGCCGGGGUUCUCGGAGAGCUGCAGGGUCGCCGGUCUUGCUGCUGCUGCUGCUGCUGCUGCUGCUGCUGCCGCUGCCGCCGCCGUGGCCGGUGUGGGGGGCCGAGGCCUUUGGCGGAAACACCCCUGGAGAGCCAGUCACCCCUCACUGGGUCCUGGAUGGGCGACCCUGGCGCAUGAUCACCCUGGAGGAGCCGGUCUUGAAGCUGGACACAGGACUGGUAGCCUUGGAGGCUGAAGGCCAGGAGCUCCUGCUGGAGCUGGAGAAGAACCACAGGCUGCUGGCCCCAGGACACACAGAAACCCACUACAGCCCAGAUGGGCAGCCAGUGCUGCUGGUCCCCAACCACACGGAUCAUUGUUAUUACCAUGGGCGAGUGAGGGGCUUCCGGGACUCCUGGGUAGUCCUUAGCACCUGCUCUGGGAUGAGGGGUCUGAUCACGCUCAGCAGCAAUGCCAGCUAUUAUGUGCAUCCCUGGCCAGCUGGGGAUGCCCAGGACAUCUCAAGCCACAGGAUCUUCCGGACAGAGCAGCUACUUAGCUGGAAAGGGGCCUGUGGCCACCGGGAUCCUGGAGACAAAGGGAGCAAGACCAGCCUUUCUUGUGCCACCCAGAUCAGGGACCGGCGGGAGGCCCGCAGAAGCCCAAGGUACCUGGAGCUGUACAUAGUGGCUGACCACACCCUGUUCUUGACCCAGAACCAGAACUUGAACCACACCAAACAGCGUCUUCUGGAGAUCGCCAAUUACGUGGACCAGAUUCUCAGGACUCUGGACAUUCAGGUGGCACUGACCGGCCUGGAAGUAUGGACUGAGCAGGACCAGAGCCUUGUCCUGCCUGAUGCGAACGCCACGCUCUGGGCUUUCCUGCAGUGGCGACGGGGCCUGUGGGCGCGGCAGCCACACGACUCAACGCAGCUGCUCACGGGCCGCUCUUUCAGGGACAACACCGUGGGCCUGGCACCGGUGGAAGGCAUGUGCCUUGUAGAGAGCUCUGGAGGCGUGAGCACGGAUCACUCGGAGCUCCCCAUCGGCGCUGCAGCUACCAUGGCCCAUGAGAUAGGCCACAGCCUCGGCCUCAGUCACGACCCAGACGGCUGUUGCGUAGGGGCUGCAGCUGAGCCGGGAGGCUGCGUCAUGGCAGCAGCUACUGGGCACCCGUUCCCCCGCGUGUUCAGCGCUUGCAGCCGCCGCCAGCUGCGCGCCUUCUUCCGCAAGGGGGGCGGCGCGUGCCUCUCCAAUGCGCCCGGCCCCGGGCUCCCGGUGCGGCGGGCGCGCUGCGGCAACGGCUUCGUGGAGGACGGCGAGGAGUGCGACUGCGGCGCCGCCCAGGAGUGCCCCGACCCCUGCUGCUUCGCCCACAACUGCUCGCUGCGUGAGGGGGCCCAGUGUUCCCACGGAGACUGCUGCUCGAGCUGCCAGCUGAAGCCGGCGGGCGCGCCGUGCCGUCAGGCUGCAGGCGACUGUGACCUCCCUGAGUUCUGCACGGGCGCCUCUCCCUACUGUCCCCCAGACGUUUACCUACUCGAUGGCUCUCCCUGCGCCAGCGGCCGCGGCUACUGCCGGGACGGCGCGUGCCCCACGCUCCAGCAGCAGUGCCAGCAGCUCUGGGGACCUGGCUCCCGCCCAGCCCCAGAGGCCUGUUUCCACUUGGUGAACUCUGCAGGAGACGCCCCUGGCAACUGCGACCAGGCCGAAGAGGGCAGCUACCAGCCGUGUGCGCAGAGGGAUGCGCAGUGUGGGAAGCUGCAGUGCCAGGGUGGGGAGCAGAGCCCACUGGCACCACACACGAUGGCGGUGCACUCUACCCUCCGCCUAGGCAGCCUAGAAGUGACCUGCAAGGGAGCCUUUCUGCUACCUGGUGCCCAGCUGGACCUGCCUAACUUGGGCCUGGUAGAGCCAGGCACCCAGUGUGGACCUACAAUGGUGUGCCAGGACAGGCGCUGUCAGAACACCACCUUUCAGGAGUUGGAGCACUGCCUGACCGCCUGCCAUGGCCAUGGGGUUUGCAAUAGUAACCAUAACUGCCACUGCGAUCCCGGCUGGGCUCCACCCUCCUGCGACAAGCCAGGGUUGGGUGGUAGCGUGGACAGCGGCCCUGUGCAGUCUGAAAACCACUAUGCCUUCCUGCUGGCAGUGAUCUUUAGCUUCCUGCUGCCUCUGCUUCCGGGGGCCGGCCUGGCCUGGUGCUGCUACCGGCUGCAGUGGAGAUACCAGCUUCAGCAGUGCCUGUGUGGCUCACGGAGGGGCAGUGGGCCCAGAGAUGGCCCACUCAGGGACCACCCCCUGGAGUUGGGCCCGAUGACCACUGGGGAGCCCGGACCCCUGGACGUGGAGAUCUCUGCCAGGGCCCAACGGCCACCUUGAGAAACCUGUGCUUCGUGGGCCUACCUACACCCCAAGCAGAUCAAGUCCCGAAGCCAAGAUCCUGUCUCUGGUGAGAGGGGGAUCCUGAGAUGAGGUCACUUAAAGACAGGUGGCUACUGACAGCCACUCCAAGCACUUGGACCGCCAGGGACAGAGCCAGCAAGACAGCUGACCUUCUGCACCUUGCCUGAGUUACCUCCGCCCUACCUACUCCAGGACCCCAGAGCCUCAUCCGAAUUUGCCCAAUGUUAUCCGCGUUCAUUAGGUCUGGGAUUCAUGCCAGCCCAAGAAGCCAUUUGUUAUGUAAAACUUCCCAGGUCUGAGAGAUCAAAGACAGGCUGACAACUCCAU